AUGGACGGAAUGAAGGAGCCCAAGCCGCAAUGCGGCGGUGGAAACACAGGCGGCACCGAGUACGACGUUGGAUUGCACGUUGCCGGCCUUUGCGCUGGAUUUCCCGUGGUGGCCAAGAAGGUCAAGUGGUUGAAGGUGCCCCCCAAGGUCUUCUUUGCAUGCAAGCAUUUCGGUACUGGUGUGCUCAUUGCAACGGCCUUUGUUCAUCUUCUGCCAACCGCCUUUGGCAAUCUCAUGAACCCAUGCCUUCCCGAUCUCUUCACUGAUGACUACCCGCCGCUCCCCGGAGCUAUCAUGAUGGGGUCCAUGUUCAUUUUGUUUACUAUCGAGAUGUGGAUUAAUGCCAAGAUUGGAGGCCAUUCCCACGGAGGUCCCACUGGCGAUGUGAUGCACUCGCAUGGUCAUGGUCCGACGCAAGUUGCCCCAGCGCGACCCCCGCGAUUCGAUCAGGACAGUUUCGACGCCGACGAUGACAGCAUCGACUUUGAGAAGAGAAUGGCCCAGCGCACAUACGGCGAUGAGAAGUCCCGCGUCCCCGCCUACGGCGAGCAGCCCGUAAACAACUUGUCCGACUCGGAUAUGCCUCCUUGGUUCGUUGUUUUCUACGAGCAGUACGUGCGUCAGCGCAUGGAGAUGAUGAACAUGAUCCGCACCACCCAGGAGAAGCAAACGUCGUCGCAGGUUGCCGUGACAGAGGUCAAGAAAGAAGACCCCUUUUACGAUGAAGAGGGCCAAAUGGUUGACCCUGCCGUGUACCGUAAGAUGUCUCUUAACAUUACCAUGCUCGAAGGUGGUAUCCUGUUUCACUCGGUGUUCGUUGGCAUGACCAUUUCCAUCACCGUUGACGGCUUCAUUGUCCUUCUCGUCGCCAUCUUGUUCCACCAAAUGUUCGAGGGUCUUGGUCUGGGUUCCCGUAUUGCCGCCGUUCCGUAUCCCAAGGGCAGCAUCCGUCCGUGGGUGUUAGUCGUCGCUUUCGGUACUACGGCUCCCAUUGGACAAGCCAUCGGACUGCUCACCAGAAGCACCUACGAUCCCGAAAGCGCCUUCGGUCUCAUCAUCGUCGGUGUGUUCAACGCAAUUUCUUCCGGCCUGCUCCUCUACGCCGCCCUGGUCGACCUCUUGGCUGAGGAUUUCCUUUCAGAAGAGGCCAACCGCAUUCUCACCAGCAAAGACAAGAUCACUGCGUUCUGCUACGUCCUUGCCGGAGGUCAGUAG